AUGGCGGCGGGCGGCGGGUGGCUGGCGCGAGGCCGGGCGCUGGCGCGAGGCCGGGCGCUGGCGCCGCUGCGGGGCGCGCGGGCGGCCCCCGGGCCGGGCCCCGCCAGAGGAGCGGCCGGCAGGGCCGUCGCCGCCGUCACCGCCACCGUCGACCUCGGCGGCAGAAAACUAGAAAUAUCUUCAGGAAAACUUGCCAGAUUUGCUGAUGGCUGUGCUGUGGUGCAGCUGGGAGACACGUCGGUGAUGGUCACGGCAGUCAGCAAAACCAAACCUUCCCCCUCUCAGUUUAUGCCUUUGGUGGUUGACUAUCGCCAAAAGGCCGCCGCAGCCGGAAGAAUUCCCACAAAUUAUCUUAGACGAGAGCUCGGUUCUUCUGACAAAGAAAUUCUUACGAGUCGAAUAAUAGAUCGCUCAAUCAGGCCUCUCUUUCCUGCUGGCUACUUUUAUGAUACCCAGAUCCUUUGUAAUCUCUUAGCAGUAGACGGUGUCAAUGAACCUGAUGUCUUGGCAAUUAAUGGAGCUUCUGCAGCCCUCUCACUAUCAGAUAUUCCUUGGAAUGGCCCCGUUGGUGCAGUACGAGUAGGACUGAUAAACGGAGAAUGUGUCAUUAACCCGACUCGAAGAGAAAUGGCAUCCAGUGCUUUAAAUUUAGUAGUUGCCGGAGCACCUCGGAGUCAGGUUGUCAUGUUGGAAGCCGCUGCCGAGAACGUGUUGCAGCAGGACUUCAGUCAUGCCAUUAAAGUGGGGAUGAAGCAUACGCAACAAAUCAUUCAGGGCAUACAGCAACUGGUAAAGGAAGGCGGAAUGGCCAAGAGGACCCCUCAGAAGUUGUUUACUGCUCCCCCGGAGAUUGUGAAGUGUGUCCAGAACCUCGCUACUGAGAAGAUCUAUGCAGUUUUUACAGAUUUUAAUCAUGAUAAAAUUUCUAGAGAUGAAGCCAUUAAUAAAAUCAGAUUAGAUACUGAAGAGCAGCUGAAAGGGGAACACUGGGACUCUGCUAAGACAAAAAAAAAUAGUCUUCAGUGCUAUAUCCCCUCAGAUACAAGGAGAGGGAAAAGAAGGAAGCAGACAUGCCAGAGAGAAAAGUUUCCCGAAGCUGAUCCAUUUGAAAUAAUAGAAUCCUUCAAUGUUGUUUCAAAGGAAGUUUUUCGAAGUAUUGUCCUGAAUGAAUACAGAAGGUGUGAUGGGCGAGAUUUGACCUCACUCAGAGAUAUAAGCUGUGAGGUGGACAUGUUUAAAACCCUUCACGGAUCAGCACUGUUUCAAAGAGGCCAAACUCAGGUGCUUUGUACUGUUACAUUUGAUUCAUUGGAAUCCAGUAUGAAGUCUGAUCUUAUUACAUCUGCUGUGAGCGGAGUAAAAGAUAAAAAUUUCAUGCUGCAUUAUGAGUUUCCUCCUUAUGCCACUAAUGAAAUCGGAAAAGUCACUGGUGUAAAUAGAAGAGAGCUCGGACACGGGGCACUUGCAGAGAAAGCUUUGAUUCCAGUUGUUCCCAAGGACUUUCCUUUCACAAUGAGAGUCACUUCCGAAGUCCUGGAGUCCAAUGGCUCCUCUUCUAUGGCAUCUGCAUGCGGUGGGAGUUUAGCGUUAAUGGAUGCAGGAGUUCCAGUUUCAUCCGCUGUCGCAGGUGUAGCAAUUGGAUUGAUCACCAAAAACAACUCUGAGAAAGAAGAAAUCGAAGAUUACCGUUUGAUGACAGAUAUCCUGGGAAUUGAAGAUUAUAAUGGUGACAUGGAUUUUAAAAUGGCUGGCACUAAUAAAGGAAUAACUGCACUGCAGGCCGAUAUCAAAUUACCCGGGAUACCAAUCAAAAUUGUAAUGGAAGCCAUUCAGCAAGCCACAGUGGCAAAGAGGGAAAUAUUACAGAUUAUGAACAGGACCAUUUCAAAGCCUCGAGCAAGCAGAAAAGAAAAUGGACCAGUUGUAGAAACUGUUCAGGUGCCAUUAUCAAGAAGGGCUAAAUUUGUUGGCCCCGGUGGAUAUAAUAUAAAAAAACUUCAAGCUGAAACAGGUGUCACCAUCAGUCAAGUGGACGAAGAGACAUUUUCUGUCUUUGCCCCAACACCCACUGCUAUGCAUGAAGCGGCAGAGUUCAUUAAUGAAAUCUGCAAAGAUGACCAGGAGCAACAGUUGGAAUUCGGUGCUGUCUAUACUGCCACGAUAACUGAAAUUAGAGAUAUUGGAGUGAUGAUAAAACUGUAUUCAAACAUGACUCCCGUGUUACUUCACAAUUCUCAGCUUGAUCAAAGAAAGGUUCGACAUCCUAGUGCUCUGGGAUUAGAAGUUGGCCAGGAAAUUCAGGUGAAAUACUUUGGACGCGAUCCCACUGAUGGGAGAAUGAGGCUUUCACGGAAAGUGCUUCAGUCUCCUGCAACAACUGUAGUCAAAACUCUGAGCGAUCGAAACAACGUUGUAAUGGGAGAUAGAGUUUCAGAGCCAGCUAGCUCCUCCUCUCAGUGACGAAUGUGAUGAAAGAAACAAAAUCAAAAUGGGGAAGAGACUGUGAAUGUAUUCGAUCAUGCGGAUUUGUGUAUAGUAUAAAUAGGUUCUAAUUUGUAUUAAAACCUCCACGUGUUUUACGGUCCAUAA